GAGGUUGAAAAAAGAAAACAAAUACAGCAGCUAAUACUGAGUGGGAAAAUCUUGCUGGACAAGGUAACAAAAUUAUUAACAAGAGAAUCCAAAGCAACCAUCGUUUUCAACCUGUCAUAACCUACAACCCCUUUUCACUACCCUCUACCCCUGAAUAAUCCUUGAGAAAAGCGUGGCUUCCAAGUGACACAGGACAUAUUGAUCAUUUAUGGGCUUGUAACUUCAUAUUUCACACCAUUCUCAGACCCUGAAAGGAUGAUUUGCAACAACUAUAAUAUGUAGUGCUGGAACUAUGUUGCAACAAUUUGAAUCAAAGUUGCAAUGCUAUGUUGCGCUAAAAAUAAUCAUUUAUUUGUGAAUCGUCCAAUCUGUUACAGGUCAAAUUCGAUUUCAGGUUUAAAAAAUUUUUUUUACCUAGGUUGAUCUUUCAGGGAGCAAUAAUUAUUUAUAUUGUCUCUUAGGGCUAGUGUAGACAAAGAAAAUUGAAAGUCAGCUGAGGUUAAAUCUUUCAAAAUUAACCUGAAAUCAAAUUUAGACUGUAACAAAUGUAACAUCACCUUAAGAUGAAGUGAAUGUCUAUCAUAGAGAGAUCUGACCCCUUAGUGAGAGUCAAAAGGAAUGACUUAAGGUAAGAAAGGGAAAUCACUGAACUCUUAGUUGCAAUUUUUGGCAAGUGUUUGACUUACGUAGGCAUGAUCUGCUAAGAGAUCUAGAGAGUUUAUGGUAACUUGUAACCUUAUAAUCCCUUUUCAAUUUUUUUUUUCAGGAAACUAUUGAAAAACACUUAAAUGCUGGCAAAAGUGGAAGUGAUUCUAGUUCUCUCUCAUCAUCAUCAAGCCAGCUACAGUUAGAUGGAGAUAAUUCCUUAUUUGAUUUAAAUAGUGGAAAUGCAUGUUCAAAGGCCCCUGUUGGAUACUCUCAGUUGCAAGACCACAUAAAAACUGAGGCCACGCAAAACAGUCUUGAAAACUGCAUACAGAAAUUGGAUAUUGUUGACGACAACAAAGGGGCAAUCAAUGAUAUGAUUCCCCCAAGAUUCCAAAACAGUAAAUGGGAAAAGAACUUCAAAAAGCAGAAAAGUAGACCAUGGGUCAAUAAGCAAAAACAGACUUAUAGUAAAAGCAAUAAAAAAGAGGAAAGCAAUAGACAGAAGAGUUGGGGUGAUGAGUCAACACCACAACAGGAACUUAGACCGUCAGGGUCUAGCAUUCAAAAUCAAGCUUCAAGUUUUGAUCCCUGGCGUGAGUGGGAGGCAUCGGUCGUUGUGGAUGGACGGAUUGAGGAUGAAUAUUUAGAAGACAUUGUAGUUGUUGAUGAUAAUGACAACCUGGAUGAUGUGAUGGUUCAACAGUACGUGAAUGCACUGCAUCAAGAGACAAAUGGCACUGCUGCAAAGCCUACAACCUCCAAAGUGACUCCCAGUCUCAUUCAAGAACUAGGUAACCUUAAGUCAACAACAAAUGCUGAUUCUUACAAAAUGCCAGCAGGAACAAUUCCUAACCCUCCCAAAGGCCCUGAUCGCUGGGGUGGUGUUGAACUUAAAGGUAUUGAGGAGCCCACUGGCUGGGGUGAUAUUGUAGAAGAUUCAGGGAACUGGUAUGAUGAUGGAUCAAUGAUGUGGGGAGCUCCGUCAGUGCCAUAUGGAGCUAACGGUGGAUGGAGUUGGAACAGUUAA